UUCGCAGCGGGUCGAGAGUGCGAGUUCGGGCCAUCUGAAACACAAUUAUAAAUAGAUAAAUAAUACAAGAUUCCAGCUACCGAAUAAAUAACCAUCACAGUGGGCCACCGUGUGAACAGCAAGGAUGCCACGUAACGGCUACGAAAAUGGAAUCCCAAACGGCGACAUGGCCGGCAAUGGGCAUUAUGACGAAAUCAAACCCACUUACGCCCUGGAGCACCUGGCCACCUUCAAGCUGAAAAACGAGGCGGAGAUCAAGCAGCCCAAGGAGAAGAUGAAGCUGCUGAUCGAGCUGGACAAAACUGGAGGCAUCUGGCCGCACAAGAUGUUCAUGAGCUUCAAUGGCCAGUGGCUGGUGAUGCUCGACAGUGAGAUGAAGGAGAUCGAGAACUUCCCGGGCAGCCUAAUCACAGAGCCUACAGCAUUCAUCAGCGAGGAUCCCAAGGAGGCGUACAACAACAUCCUGAUCUUUUCAGUGCCGGGCAUCUCGCUGGGCAACACAGAGAUGCACAUUUUCCAGGUGGCGGACGUCAGUUCAGUGCAUCUGGUGGAGGAUCUAAAAACGCUGAGCAAAGGCACUCCCAUCACAGUGGAUCGCAACAAGACGCCCAUCCUCCUACCUAAGCCAGACAGAACCCACAAUCAUCAGGCCAAGGAUCAGUACGGAAUCGCAGCAGCAGUGGCGGAAAUAGCGGCGGAGAAGAACGCCAUGGACAAGGAGCAGACCGAGCGGGCUGUCCAAGUUAUUAAUCACUGCUUCGAGGACAUUGAGCGGUUCAUGGCCCGCCUCCACUAUGCUGCCGAGGCCCUUAAUGAGCUGAAGCUCCGCAAGGAGCAGCACAAUCCUCACGGCGAGGGACUCCUGGUCCUGCGAUCCCGUCCACCCAUUGAGAGCGAGUUCCACGACAUCCUGGCCAAGGUAAAGCUGGCCCUGAUCUACUCCGUCCGGCUGCAGAAUCACUUCAGCAAGUCCACUGAUCCAGUGCACAACGUCUUUAUCUCGCUAAACACUAUCGUCACUGUCUGCAAUGACAUCUAUGUGGACGCGGGUCUGCCGGAGGCAGUGGUCAAUCCCCUCCUGCGCAGAGAGACGAUUGCCUUCCUCAACGGAGCCCUAGACUCCAAUGAGAAGCAACUAUGGCAAAGCCUAGGUCCCAACUGGACAGUCCCAAAGGAUCAGUUUAAGGAUCACAAGAGCUCUUACCAUCCAAUCUUCUACGAUGACUGGUCCCCCGAUUGGGUGGUGGAUGAGGAGGUCCCGUACCUGGCCCCCGCCCUGAAAAAGACCAAUACACCCUCGCCAUUGGCAGUGCCCAUACCCAUUCCCCCGAGUCCAGAUGGCGGCAAUCGCACCUGGUUGAACCGCCUCGAGAGCCGGAAUGUCAAGAUCGCCGAGGUGUCCUACAACAAACAGCCCACUAACGACAAGGAGCUGAAGGUCACCAAGGGGGAGUAUUUGGAGAUUAUCGACGACUCCCGCAAUUGGUGGAAGGCUCGAAAUUCGUACGGCAACAUUGGCUACGUGCCGCAUACCGUGCUCACUCCAUACAACUUUGAGCCCGGAGUAAAUGGUCGGGACACCGAGUCCUUGGCCUCUCUGGCCCUGGUGGAGAAUGGCGCUGAAUUCGCGGAUGCUAAUAACCCACUGUAUCGCAACACCAUGGCUAUGUAUACCGCUCCCGUGGAGCCAGUGACCAACGGCAAGGCCAUGCCGCGCUCCUACUCGAUGCCCAAUGUUCCCGUUCCGCCACCGAUGCCGCCAAGUGACAGUCAGCCGCCCACGCCAAGUGGCACCCUCAAGCGGAACAUGGCAGCGGCAGGAGCUUUGGCAGCCAUGCGUGCCCGCAAUGAUUGCGAUGCCGAUGACGAGGCCUACUAUCUGCAGGACGAUGUUAAUGACGAGCUGCGUGUUAUGCUGCAGCAACGACAGAAGCGCAAGGAUCUUGAGAUCCUAAAGACGCCGGAGAUCUUCAUCACACAGAACUCGAAGCCGCGCGAGGUGGAGGAGUGGCUACGGGGCAAGGGCUUCUCGGAUGUGAUCAUCAAGAGGCUGCACACGCUCAGCGGCGAGGAGAUUUUCGCACUGUCACCGCACACCAUCGAGAGCUACUUUGGCCAGCGGGAGAGCCGUCGCCUCAUCUCCCAGAUUGUGCUGCAAAAGAACUUCUGCGAGUACAAAACCAUUCGCUCUUCGGAACUGUCAGCCAAGUUGGCCAAGGCAAGGCAAAAGGCCGAUCAGUCCAAUGGCGAUCCCAACGAGGUCUUCUAGGAUUCCCAUUGGAAUCUUGUAGGAUUUCCCUUUAUCCUGGAUGCAUAACAGCGUUUGAAAUUGGGCUUAAAUCAGAGCUCAAAAGUCGCCAAGUUUUGCCAUUUAUUUAUUUAUGUGUAAUAUUCCUUCAUUUAUGUUAAACCGUGUUCAUACAUAUACAUUAAAAAAAAAGACAAACAAA